GUAAAGGUGGCAGCAGCAUUUUGACCGACUGCAAAACAUCUGCGAACUGCUCAAUUGUAUCUGUGCGCUAGAGUUAGUGCAGCCUGUUGGAGCUGCAGCAAAAUUGAUAACGGACACGAGCGCCUCAUGCGAUUCAUAGAGGUGUAAACAGAGCAACGCGUUCAACAAUGCAAAAAUCGGAACAUGUUGGCGUCCUCAGAUACUUCCUGACAAAGCUGAGUUGCAGUCUGAGGUAAACGGCCGCGUCAUGGCGGGGGAGGGAAACGUGCUGAUUCAGCCGCAGGGGGACAAUGCUGGCGCGCCGGACGUGCGCAUCAUCUGCAGAGUGUGCCAAAAGCAAUGGUCCAAGUAUGCUUGCCCCCGCUGCAACGUGCGCUACUGUUCGCUCCCCUGCUACAAGGCGCAUAGCAGUCGUUGCACGGAGGGCUUCUAUCGCGAGAAUGCGGAAAGCGAGCUGCGGCAGCGGAAAGCGGAUCCGGAGGAACGGCGGAAGAUGCUGCAAACGCUGAAGCGGAUGCAAGAGGCUGAGGGGGCCGAAGGUCUAGACGAUUUGGGGCUUGAGGGGGGGUUCAAUUUGGCAGAGGGGGAAGGGGGGGGAGACUCAGAUACGGAAGAGGAAGAAGAGAUGGAGGAGGGAGGGGGGUUCGAGUUAUCGGAGGAGACCCUCCGGCGGCUGAGUGACAAAGGUAGCGACCUCUCACUCGACGACCUCACUUCCACCGAACGCGCGUCCCUUCGCCAAGCCGCAGCCUCCGGCGCCCUCAGCCGGUUCAUCACCCCCUGUGAACCGUGGUACCUAUCCCCCGAGGCAAAACAGAUAAGGAUCAGUCCGACUGGAACCCGACCGGUUCGUGAGAUUUUGGUAACUGGGGGGGCCAUUCACACCUCGGCCAAAACGCGUGCAGAGGAAGCGUUUGAGAAGCUGACCGGGGCUCCGGCGAGCGGCGUCAGCAGGGGGGAAGGAGUGACGAAAGCAGCGGAACGGAAUGGCUCGUCGAAUAGCAUGCAAGUCGAGAGGGGAAGCUGCGGUGACGUCAGCAGAGAGGACAAGCAGUUUGGCCCGGAGGCCGCUGACGUCAGCGGAGAGAGCUUUAUGCCAGCUCGCGGGGGGGCCAGUCGAUCUGCCUCGGGCCACCCCCUGCAAGGUGACGUUGACACAACUCACGCUGACGUCAGCAUGGUGGGCGCUGACGAGAGCGCCGAGGACGCUGACGUCAGCACGGAACGCGAAGACGUCAGCGAAGAAGAGGCCCGCCCCAGCAUCCCCCCCCCGCUAGAGGAAGACCUACCCCCGCUCGCAGCACUCACGAAAAGCCCCCCUUCCCCCCUUCUAGGGUUUCAUCUGACAAGCGUCUUAUACGCGUACUCUUACGUCCUGCGGCUGUUCAACGGGGACUGGGCGGCGGACCCGUUAGACGCGGCGGGGAUCUUGGUGGAGGUUUCGCCGGUGCUGAGCGAUGGGGCGAUGCCGGCCUCGGGCGAAGAUGCGCUCCACGGCUGCCUUGAAAGGGCCUGUUCACCCUCGCUCGCCGGGCACGGCGGGCGCGCUUUUGCAAGGGGUCUUCUGGGCGAUGUGAAUGCGCUCCUGUCUCUGGGCCGCCCCGGGGUGGUGUGCGCACUCGCAGAUGUGCAGCGAAUGCUUUUGGCGGCGCAGGGGGAAAGGCAGUUGGCGGGAAGCACCGGGGCGGGGGGGGCUGCGCAACUGACGGCUAGGGGGGGGAACCGGGGAAAAACGGGUGGAAAGCCAGAAGGUGCUUCGGAAGGGGGGGGCAAGCUUGAAGGGGUCAGUGGCGAAAGCGGCGCACCGGGAAAGAGUUCUGCUUCGACGUCGAAAGCGAAGGCUGGCCAGAAAAUACAGGGGGUGAAAGGAAGCAGUCAAGGAAGGGGGGGGUCCGGAAAGAGCGGAGACAGUUCCAGAGGAACGAGUUACAAAAAGGGAGGGGCAAAACGUCAGCCGGAGCUUGUGCGGCGGAAAGUGUUUUUCUUUUUGGUGUGGGCGAACGAGCAACCGGAUCCGGUCUUUUGCGCGCUGGCAGCGGCCGCGAGUGAAAUGUGGGAGGGGGAGAAGGCGCGUUCCGAAGCCGAGCAGAGGGAUCAAAACGGAGCCCAGAAGUCGGGCAUUAUUGAAGAGCUUUAGAACGUAGAUAAUCAAAAGCGGGAAACUGAGAUUUCAGACGGGUAACAUGCAACGAGUAACCAGUAGCGGGAAGUAGAAAGGCGGCGUAACUCUGAGCAGGCGAAGAAGUAGGGACGAGAUGUAGGUGCUUCAAGAUUGAGUACGUUAGAUUACCGUUCAGCGACUAAGACAUCGAGUUAGGAGCUUGAUACCUGCCUUACUUGUCAAGUGGCUGAGAGGGGAAACGCUUUACGACCUGAGCUUCAGCGGAGCGCAGGACAGGAAUUCGGGACGUUUUUGAAGCUUAGAGUUCGUUAGAAUGAUACUCAAUUCGAUCAGUCACGUCUUUCAGGGGCUUGUGCAGGUCAGGGGGGCCGAAGCAGGAACAAGAAAGGAUGUGAACUGCUGCCAGAGCACAAACCGUUUUAUAUAGGGUAGUAGAAAGAGGCAAAAGUUGAAGUCGUCCGUUACUGAAGAGUCGCCCGGCCCGUACGUUUUUGGUGCGGCAGAUAUCGACGUGAACCUUGCCAUUACGAACUACUGGCAUUCAGGAGUCAGUGCGGGCCUCCGAUCCAGACAGUGACAGAAUUCAAUCAUUUGCGCGGCCGCUCGUAUACUUGC